AUGCCGAAAAGGAAAUGCGACGACUUGGAUUCUUUAAAUUAUAUUAAGAAGAAAAUAAAAAAAUUAGAAAGAAAAUUGUUAAAAAGCCAACGCUGCAGAUCUUCAUCACCUCCGGAUUCAGUACAUAAGUCAACGGAAACUCAAGAUGACGUAAUUAAUGAAUCGGAGAAUGUUGAAAUGCUAACUGCGGACCUAGACGAGCUAGAACCGACAACUGGUACAUCACAGUGGAAUUCGCUGUUGGCGUUAAAUGCACCUGAAGUGACAUUCGAACCUCCACAACCAGCAACUGAACAACCGUCCCCUACCGAGAAGGAGGAUCAGGAGUCUCAGGAGCUAGAUGAGACGGUGUUAGAAAUUUUAGGAACAGAUCCUUUAACAACUGUAACCUUUAGAAAGGACAUUCAAAAGGACUUGGCCAUUCGCCUUGAAUUUAUAGCAACUUCUGGAUUGACAAAGGAACUUCGUAAAGAGCUCUUAGAAUCUCAUCUACCCCCAGCUAACUGUAAAAUGAUAGACGCUCCGUCCUUGAAUCCAGAGAUAAAGGCUGCUAUCACAGAGGUUAUAGUGAAGCGAGAUAAGGCUAUACAAGCUAAACAAAAACAAAUAUGUAGCGCUAUCGCAUGUCUUAGUGAAGCAAUUACACUCUUAUUGUCUAAGGAUACAAAAGAUCCUACAAUAUUAAAAUUGCUAAUGGAUACAGCACGCAUCUUGUGUGAUUCACAACAUAAGGACUCAGUCACCAGGCGUAGUUUUAUCCUGGCUACACUGAAGAGAGAACUAAAAGAUCAGAUGCAGUUAACAAAGAUUGAUAACUUACUCUUUGGGCAGGAGCUCUCGGACACAUUAAGAACUGCUAAAGCAAUAAAUAAGUCAGGAGCUGAACUAAAGGCCGUCACAACGCAAAGGGUCUUCGCAAAUAAACCAAAAAAUUUGUCUUCCAACAAGAAUUUAAACUGGAAGGCGCCAGCCCCGAGCCGCAGGCUGACGGGGCCUCAGAGGGCGAAAGAGCCUGCACCUUCAACGAGACAACAGCAACUACCAUCAUCGAGAGCGUCACGUCCAGGCAACAGUCGCGGCCGCCGCUAA